CGACCCUUGUGCUUGGGCGGUUCGUCCGCUCCUUCCGCUCAGCACUGCACCGCUGCCCUCUGCCCUCCAUCAGGUUUACCACCCGGCCCGCCAUCCAGCUCGCCAUCUAGCGCCCCUUCCCGACCGCCAUGCAUCUCCUCGUUCGCAACGCCCUCAAGACCUCCUGUGCUGCCGCUUCCCAGGGCGUCCGCCACGUCUCGGCUGCCAGAGCCUUCAAGCUGGUGCCUCUCUACACGGCCAAGGUCAAGGCCACUGGCGGACGGGUUGGCCGCAUUCUCUCGGACGACUAUGUGCUCAACAUGCCGCUGAUCACUCCAAAGGGACUUGGCGGACCAGGUGGCCCUCAGACCAACCCCGAGCAGCUGUUUGCUGGCGGCUAUUCGGCGUGCUUCCUCGGCGCCUACAAGCUCGCUGCGGCCAACAGCAAGGUCGCUCUCUCGCCCGAAACCAGCAUCACUGCAGCCGUUGACAUUGGCAAGGCUGCCGAUGGAGGCUUUGUCCUGGCCGUUGAACUGGUCGUCAACGCCCCCGGACUGGAUAAGGCCACCGCCCAGAAGCUGGCCGAGAACGCCCACCAAAUCUGCCCCUAUUCGCGUGCAACUCGCGACAAUAUUGAAGUCAAGCUCACGGUUGUCUGAGCCGUCGACAGAUUCCCGAGCGGCAGUUGUGAGGCUCUCCACUUGAGCCACUGCGGCAAUUCCCAUAUCCAAUCUUCGACCCAAUACAUUGCUUGAGGCUCUUGGCGGCCGUAAAGCUGCAGUGCGACGGGGCAGUGUGAGGAAACAAAUCGGGG